AUGGACGCCCACCGACCCUCGCUCAGCACGUCGCAUUCGACGAUCUCUCGCGCACUAUCUAGCGAUCUCAAUGGGCUCAUCCUCUUCGACCUCACCAAUCAGCCCGGUUCCACUCUCGCCUUCAGCCCGCACUGCAUCAAGACAGUCGUGGACCUUGCCAUCCUCAACAUCGGCUACGAAAGGCAACGCUUGACCUUCCACCAAGUCCGCACCGACCUGGAAGCCAGAACCCAGCCGGGAGUAACCGUGCCAAGCGUCGAGAUGAGCGAUGGUACUCACCUCGUCGACUCGUGGGCCAUUGCUGAGUUUCUAGCCAAGCAUCACCCGGAGGGUCACAAGCUCUUCCCCACUAUGACGAGUAAGAGGAUGGCCCUGUUCCUCAGCGAGGUGGGAAGGACCUUUCUGACCCCAAAUCUGGGGCCAUUGGUCAUGCCAUCCGUGGCAGCAAAGUUGGACGACGAGUCGAGGAGGUACUUUGUCGAGGAAAAGUUGGGCAAGGAGCGCUUCAACAAGAUGAGCGCAAUCGGCGCUGAAGAGAGACAGGCGUACAUUGACGGGGCAAAGAAGGUGCUGGGCACCGUUGAGGCGAUGCUGGGUUGCAAUGACUCCGGGACCUCGUCGACUUCGUCGUCUCCGUGGCUCGAUUCCGGGGAGAGCCCAAGUCACGCCGACGCCAUCCUCUAUGGCUUCGUCGUCUUCUCGCGCAUGGCGGGCAAAGAGACGUACGGCAAGCUCUGGAACGGCUUCCCUAGCAUCAAGGCGUGGAUCGAAGCUAUGGAUAAGUGGAUCGGUGAAGGUAUCACUAAAGACUACGUGCAGUGGUAG